CUGCCGUUAAAGCUCGAAGAAGAAGAAGAAGAUCCCUGAUUGGCUCAACGUGCUGCCACGUCAUCGUCAAGCGGCCAAUGAGAUCGCUCGUGGUACCGCGGAUAUUUGAAAACAGAAAUGGCGGAAGUUGUGUCUGUACUGCAGCGCUGUGAUCCGGAGCUGCUGGGUCUCUGUGGAGACUGUGAGCAGCAGGACGGUGCUGAAGCAGCCGGGAUGGUCCUCUACCUGACGGACAGCCGUCGGGUCCAGAAGGUUCUGUGGCGUCAGCUGUUUGUUCUGGACUCUGUGAUGUCUCUGUUGGAGGGUCUGGAGUCUGCCCAGGAACUGAUGACACAACCCUGCCCCCCCCAACCCGGGGGCGGGGCUCGGGGCAGGUGGAAGGCCCUGAAGGUGGAGUUCAGGUCGGGGGUGGAGGAGACGGAGACUCUGAUCAGAUCAAUACAGGACAGAAUCCAACAGAUCCACAACAGAAGACACAGAGUCACACAGCUGGAACAACAUCUGUACAGCAAGAAGCAGCAGUGUCAGCAGCUUGGGGAGUCUCUGCAGAAGGCCCAGAAUGCAUUGCAGUCAUGUGAUCGUCAGCUGAGCCAGCUGAGGGCGGAGUCAGAGGUGGCGCUCGGUCAGCUGAUCAACUGGCAGCGACUCAGAGAUGAGCUGCAGCAGAACGUCUCUGCUGCACACGACGUCAUGCAGAUCAACCUGCUGUCCUUCAACCAAUCAGAGCUGUGUGUGGAGCUCAGGCCACGCCCCUCCUCUGACCAGUCGUCCAAUGAGCUGGAGCCGCUGAAGCUGUCAGUCACCUGGAGCCACGACGACCGCUUCAGACUGCAGGUGAGCGAGGGCGCUGCCGGUCUGGUGGAGGACUGCGUGUCGGGCCGACGCUGUGAGCUGAGCGCCGCCCUGCUGGAGGUGAUGCAGUGUUACCUGGGUCAGUUCCAGCUGCUGUCGGAGAUCCAGGGACUGAGAUCCAGUUUCGCCAUCGACUGGCGUCCCGCUCAGCGUCUGCUCGUCUACCUGAAGUCGGCGCUGCUGGUGUGUCACCUGGAGGUGGAGGAGGGAUACCCGAGCUGUGGACGAGCCCGACUGCUGUCUGUACGCAGGGACGGACAACCUGUGGACACAUCUGGACUGAAGCCUCACAGACCCGACCCCGGACUGACAGACUGGUUGGUGUUUCUGUGCAGCUGUCCUCUCCUCUGAGCGUCCUGUCUCACUGUCGGUUCCCUGUCUGUCUCACUUUAUAUCCGACUUUAGUCUGCAGCUGCUGUUCAAGCUGUUUCCUGUCUGAAGUAUUAUAUUAUUGUUUGUUUACAUGUUAUCACUACACAAACAAAAAUAAACUUUUUACACCAAGAAGAAAGAAAA